ACUAAGCUUAAUUUUUCUUUAAACUCUAAAUCUCCAUGAUUUAAAAUUCUUUUACUAUCACUGAAACAGGAACUGUUUCUGAGAAGCACCCAGCUGCCUCACCUACACAUCCAGCACUGGCAGCAUUCCAGUGCCACCAGCAUCACCAGCAUUCCUCUGCUGCUGCAGGGACAGUGAUCACUCAGGGAAGAGUAACAAGGAAUGGUAGAAACUGGUCUGGAGAGUGAAGGCAGUUGGAGAAUGGGACAUUCUGCAGGGAAGGAGGGUUUCUCAUCAGGAGAGAAAGAUGAGCCAAUCAAAAAAUCAUCAUUUAGAGAUUCUGAGAAAUACCACUUCCUCUGAAGAAGAAAAAAAAAAAAAAAACCAGACCCACGCCUGAGACAAGUAACUCAGAGGAACUGAAUUUCUGAAGUAGGCAAAGUUACAAUUUUUCAAUCCCUCACUCCUCCAUGCACUUUCUCCUUCAUGUCACUGAACUAGCAGGAGCCACUUUAGGACAUGGAUCCCAAAGGAGCAAGAGGUUCCAGGAAGCGCCGCUGAUCUGCACAGACCUUUGCCUGCUGCUGCCCCACAGAGAACAGGGAGCUGCUGAGGAGCCUCAUGGUCCAUCCCUGGAUUCUCCAAGCACUGACUCCCAAUCCACUCUGACCACAGAGGGCCACAUCCCACCGCCUGCCCAGCGUCCAUCCAUGGAGGUGACCACCGUGUCCCCACCUGCCAUCUCACCCACUGAAGGAGAUGAUUUGUGUGAGACAGAUAUUCCCGGUGUGGCCAUGCACAUUGUGACACUGCUCAUCUGCCUCUGUGGGCUGGCUGGGAAUGGGGCUGUCCUGUGCCUCCUUCAACUGGAAAUUUGUAACUAUCGCAUCUUUAACCUGGCUGUCAUUGACUUCCUCUUCCUUCUCCUCACAGUCCCCUCCGCCCUGCUCUCCCUGGUGGACGACAUGUCCUGCUCUCGUAUUGUGCCCCUGCUGUACCUGAAUUUAUUUUUCCAACUGUCAGUGCUGUCCUACUACUGGGGGCUGUACUGGCUGAUGCCCAGGGACCCUCUGUACUAUAUAGAAAAGAUCUUCCAUCUCUGCUGCCGCUGCAAACUUCCUCUGCGCCUGAUGUGGUUGCUGAACGGUGUCCAAUUCUGGACCUUCUUUGCUCUCUUCACUGUCAUUCCUGUGGUGACAUUCCUGUGCCCAUCACACCAGCUGGAGCUCUGCCGGGCAGCUUUCAUCUCCAUGAACACCAUCAUCCUGCUCCUCUUGGCUGCACCCCUGCUGGUUUCCAGCACAAUUGAUUUCAUUAAGGCCAAGUGGGGCUCCCAGCAGCAGCAACCCAAGAGGCGCGACAUCGCUAUCGCCCUCAUUGUGCUCCUCACUCUCCUUCUCAUUUUCUGGAAUUUCCUGCAGCAGCUCGGUUAUAUCCUUGUGCCCUCCCAGGCUGUUUUCCUGCUUUACUGCAUCAACAGCAGCUUCAAACCCUUCAUCUACUUCUUGGUGGGGAGGUGCUGGAGGCCCUGCUCUGUGAGAUCCCUCCAGCUCUCCCUGCAGAGGGUCUUUGAGAAGCCAAAACCAAAAAAAGCCUGCAGAAAUGAUGCCCUGAGGGAGACAGGGGUCUGAGCCGGUUGAUCCCUUCCACUGCUCUGCUGAAGGACCCCAGGAGAGUGGCAGAAAGUUUCCUUGAGAUUAAACAAUAUCCACGAGAUAACGCUCCCCAUGGUGGUGUAUGCCUGCAGGAGAAGGGAGCAGGAGCAUUGCCUUGGGUGAUUUUUGGGGGAUGCUCUGCAGGGAGCACAUUGGAGCAUGGCUUUCCUCCUCCCUCCUGGAUCCACAUGGCUCCAGGCAGUGCAGCUGGGCUCAGUGCUGUUCCCCAGCUCUAUUCCCCAUGGAAUGACCCUCAUGGCCUCGGCCUCAGCGAAUGAACUCCUUUGGCUCAGCAGAUGAGUUUCAUGGUGUUUUCAGGGAGCUCUUGCCAGCAAAGAAGGGGAUGUGUUAAACCCUGGUAAGGCCUGGGGACACACCCAACAUGGGGUGUCGGAGAUUUCCCAAAUCCCUGCAGGGCUGGUACCUCUCAAUGGCAGGAGAGGGGUUGGGAUCACACGGAGCAUCCUUCCUCUUCUGUCCGGCAGAGCCAGACCUGCAUUCCCAGCUGAUGGGAAGGGGCACCAGGUAGGGCUGCAGAGCUGAGGAGGGACAGCAACAUUCCCUUAUUCUUUCAGUGGGAAUUUGUCAUGUUCUCUAAUUCCAGAAUUUAAUCCUUCUGACUAAAGUGCAGGGUCCAUAGUGAACUCCUUUGAAGCCUUUGAUGCCUGUGACCAAAAAGAGCUUGAAACAUGGAAAUUCCCAUCACCGGAUUCUUGGACCAUUGAAUUGCACAGAAAUCAGGGCGUUAUGCUGCUCUUCUGCAGAAUGGGGCCAUCUUCUGCUUCCCCAGCAUCAAUGUCCAAGGGAGCCCUUGACCACCUCCCUCCUGAGCCUGGCCACCCUCAGGAGGAGCUGAACAGCAACUCUGCACAGCAGCUUCAGCCACAGCCCAGGCUGUGCUGAUCUUUGCAUUCUGUAACCAGCCCUAAAUUAAGUUUGCAUUUAUGUUUUCUUUGAUUCCAACGUGGUAAAACUGACCACAGAAGUUGUUGAAUAAACAACAUCCAGGCUUCACUGCAGAGCCUUUCCCUGGU